AUAACUGCUACAGUUUUGUCUUUGGUUAUGGACUUUUUGCGAGCUCUAUUUGUCCGUUAUGUGAAUCGUAACUGGUGUUGGGACAUGGAAAAAACAUUUCCUCAGUAUGGCGACUUUAAAAUAGCCGAAAAUAUUUUGGGUCUAAUAAAUAAUCAAGGUCAAGUGUGGAUGGGUAUAUUCUUUUCACCUGGUCUGGUGAUAAUAAAUCUUGUCAAAUUGGUGAUUAUGAUGUACUUUAGAUCAUGGAUUGUUCUAACCUGCAAUGUACCGCACGAGGUUGUAUUUAAGGCAUCCAAAUCAAACAAUUUCUAUCUAUCUCUACUGCUAACAAUGUUAUUCCUUUGCGUACUGCCAGUGGCCUAUGCCAUUGUCUGGUUGCGUCCUUCGUGGCAUUGUGGUCCCUAUUCAGCCUAUAAUACCACAUCGGAAUAUAUUACAACAAUAACAUUAAAUGCACUGCCAGAAGAUUUACACAAACCACUUCGUUAUAUGGCAUCGGCAAGUACUGUCAUCCCUCUGCUGCUGCUAUUGAUUUUAAUAAUUUAUUAUUUGGUCUCGCUGACGGGUGCCUUGCGUGAAGCCAAUCAAGAUUUGAAAACCCAAUUACAAAAGGAACGUGAAGAGGAACGUAAGAAAAUUUUCCAGGUACCGGAAAUUAAACCGGCUGAGAAUAGUACCACAACUAUGAGCAACAGAUGGCGUAAAGUUUUGGAAGCCUCUUCACCGGUUUCACCCACGACACAGCCUGACUUUGAAAGUGAGGAAUAUAAGAAUCAGGCGAGAAAAGAAUUGAUUUCGCGCAUCAUGAAGAAAGCUUUACGCAAGGAUUCCGCCACUUCGGAUGAAGAAAUCUUUGCUAGGCAGCAUGGACGUGAUGAUGACACCGAUACUGAACACCACGACUCUUUGCCACACGAUGAAGAUGGCAACGAACGACGACCAGGGUUAUCAAAACUACAGGAAAUACGAAGAACCCGUAAACCUUCACUAGUGGAUAUUGUACAAAUUGCAAAUAGCGAACGAGAGCGGGUCAGAUCGCUAAGGAAGCAAGCAAUGGGUAAUGGUGGUAGGGGCAAAAGUAGAAACGAGAAAAACGAAAAGAAAUCGGAAGACAACGAACAGGAUAAUAACAAUAAGGAGAAACAAGCAAUGGAUAAUGGGAACGAUCCGGAAAUUAAAACGAGAAUCAUAAAUGAGAGACGCCAAAGUUUAUUGCGUAAAAAGAAAGAAGAUGAGGCGAAUGGCCGGAAUAGAGGUAAACUUAAGGAACAUGGCGAAAAUCAUCAUCAAAAUGAAGAUGACCUAAAUGACAACAAGGUGAAAGAGAAAAUUGGAGAUCAUGAAGAACAUAACGAAAAAGUCAGACGCAAGAGGAAAGAUGAGGACAAGAAUGGUAAAGAAUGUCACAAAAUUAAAGAAAAGUCGAAUGGAGAUAACAACAAAGAUCAAAAGAAGCAUAAGAAGAAAGACGACACAGACAAUGUCAAAGAAAAGGACAGUGAUAGCAACAGCGAUGAAAAGAAACAUAAAAUACACGAAGACGAAUCAACAACUAAAGAAAACGUUAAUGAUAUGAACAAAGAAAAGAAAAGGAAAAAUGGUAAAGACAAAGAUUACCAGCAGCAAGAAGAAGAUAAAGAUAGACAAGAAUCACCAAAAGAAAACGGGAAAGGAAAACACAAGGGAAACGGCAAAGAAAAACAAAAAACCAAAGAGAAAGAUAAACGUUCCGAAAAUGAGAAAAACUCGGAUGAACAUGAAAUAGAAUAUCCAAAGGACAAAGGAAAUUCAACAAAUUAUACCAAAGACCUAGACAAAGACGAGGAUACAACUGGCGAAAAAGAACACCUAAAAGUCAAUGCUCUUAUAAUUCCAGAAAAAGAGGCCGACAAGGAAAGAGAAAAAGACAAAACUAAAGAAAUAAAACAACGGAUCUACGAAAGCUUUAGACGUAAGAAACGCGAAGGCAAAGAUAAAAAUGCCGCCUCUAAACAAAGUUCGCUUGAGAAAACCAGCGAGGAAGACAUCAAAGAGGAUGCGGAACCGACAAAAGACAAUAAAAAAAUAUCACCACCCAAAAAAGAGAAAAAACUCAACUCACCACUCAACGAUGAGGAACAAUUGUCGUACAAAAUCGUUGAUGAAAAAUCGCCCAAAUUGCACGAGGACAAGCAGUCAACACCUCCAAUGUUGGAACAAUUACACAAUCUUGGCGGGAAGCUAAAAUUCAAACGUCACAAAGCAAAACCAUCCACCGAACCAGAAGUAUUUAAAUUUGACACAGAAAAGCUGAGCAAAGAUGCAGAUAUUGCCACUACUCCAACGUGGCAACAUUUGGAGGCAGAAUUGCAAUCACCACGUCCGAUCGAAGAUGUCACCACCACCGGCAAUAAACAUCACUUGGGAUCGGAAAAGUUUGCCAAUCUCUCAAGGCAAAGUCGUAAAAAAAUUGGAUCAUUUUUGACUCUAAUGAAGGAUGCAGUCAGCCGCCCAGACACUGAACAACAUUCCGAUACCGCCAUUGAGAUACCAUCGACACCACAACUUGAAGUUUCAUCGGCUAUUAAUCAGGCCAUCAUGCUUCCAGUAGCUAUGCACACUGCAGAACCCACAACGAAUAUUCCAGCUGUCAGCAGCUCUGAAUUAAGCACACCUAUAAAUCCCUCCACCGCCACCAUUGACAGUAUUCAACCCUAUAUAAUGCCACGAGCACCCCUUGAAAUGCCCGAAGAUAUUGAUCCACCAAGCUAUAAUAAUCUAAUGAUGUCUGGCAGUGAAACGCACAUUAUCUCCGCUAGAGAUCCUGAAGAAUUAGAUAAACCUGGACCCAUAAUAUUCCAACAACGUGCCAUAUCUCAGCGUAGACAACCGAUACGGCAAGAUUCACAGUUGUCUAAUUGGUCAGCCGAAAAUAUUCCAAUAAUUACCAUAAGUACUACACCGGAGAUUGAGGAACAACCUAAAACGCCAGAAGUGCCUACGACACCACGUGCCGAACCUAAAGUUAAUGUCAUUAAAAUCAAUAUCGAACAUGAUAUUUAA